UGAAAUAAAUCAACUUUUUGAUGAUAUUCUAAUUAUAUGACCAGCACCUGUAUAUAUAUUUAAAAUAACUUUUAUACUUUAAUUUAUACUUUAAUUUUUACAAUUAAUUAUAGUCUGAGCUGAAUUUUCAGUCUUCAGUGUUUUCAGUCUUUCGGUCUGCAGUUGUUAAUCCUAUAUGUGUACGAGGGCAGGGGAUUUCAACGGGGCUGCAAGAGAGUGACGAGGGUCCAUGGAAAAGUCUAGUGAAAAGCUGUAAAAAAAAAAAAACAAAAAAAAAAAACAACAAUAACAAGGUGUAAAAAUGUAUAUAUUAAAAAUGAUUACAAAUAUUUACAUAUAUUAGUUUUUACUCUAUUAAAUAUAUUAAAUUAGAUUAAUGUAAAUAUAAAUAAUAUAAAUAAAAAAUACAUUAAAAUUAAAUAAAUACAUUAAGGCUACAUUAAUAAAGUGAGUCGAAAAAGUAUAUAAUAAAUGUACCUUAUUUUUUUCAGUGUCUAUAUAAUUCAGAAUUCAGAAAGAGCUUUAUUGCCAAGUAUGUUUGCACACACAAGGAAAGAUAGAUCCCUUUUAAGUUUUAAGUUGGGGGAGCAUGACAUCUAAAUUAUUGAAAACCCCUGAGCUAGUGUAAGCGGACACUGCGCGCAAUGCGAAUUUCGUUGUAUGUGCAGCUCGCACAUGCGCUUUGAAUAUUUUGCACAAAUCAGUUUGCAUGCGUUCACGCCAUGUCGGAAUUACCGUAAUUACGUGAUAUCGAUUUAUAAAAAGUUUUCACGUCCUCGUAGAGCUCUUGUAAAUUCGGUAUUUUCUGUGAGCUCCGACUUGUACCACGUGACCGCUUUACCACCUACAGAUUCAUUUUUGGCGUUGAUAGUGUUGCCAUACAAACGCUUAAUUCCGAAUCCGAUGGCGUGAACAUCUACGAGCAGAACAUCACUUGUUGUCAUCUCGUAAUUACGGUAAUUACGACAUGGCGUGAACGCAGCAUUUGUCCACAAGGUGGCAAUACUGGCCCCGGCCGUUGUUUCAAAGUCGGGAUUGAAACGGAGGAGACAGAACAAGAACAACAAACGACUGAAGACGGCAGCAACAAUAGACUCCCGCGUUGACGAGUGCGAGUGCAAUUACAUGUGAGAAGAGCAAGGUGUUCCAGCAUCCUUUGAGUCACAAUCAAUGAGUACAUUGUGUCACUGAUCAGUCCUGUGCAUAAGCACCGUGAGCGCUUGACUCUUUGGCUGCAGCGGCGACUGCAUGCCCUACGUGCAGCUAUUGAGUACGAGAGCUGCGCCGUGGUGCAGGUGAGGGACCAUGCACUGGAGCUUCAGGGAGGUCAUGCACAGGUAACAGCUGCUUGCGCUAUGCUGCAGCGGCUGAAGAUGGAGCACCGCGGCUGCCGCGACCCCCAGCCCUCGCCAGCUGCUGCUGGCCACGACUCUCCAGAAGAAGAGGAGGAGGAGGAUGAAGAAGCUGGGGAAGAGGGGACCAGUUCGGAGAGCGAAGGAGAGACGCGGUCGCGGAGCGGGAGUUCUGGAGGAGGUGUUGACACAGCGGGCUCAGGAGAAGGAGCGACGGGAAGGAGGCGGGACCCGCUCGUAGCAACCAAACCUCACAGACAGCUGUGCCGCUCCUCUUGUUUGGACCGUCCCAGCUUCAGCCAGAGCAGCACCUUACAAGAGUUACGUGCAGAUGAGACCCGCACCGACCCGUCCCAGAGAGCCCUUGCUCCACCCGCCUCCACGGCCCAAAUGCCCUUACGUCAAACCAGCGAUCGAGAUUACCAAACCAAAAUGGACUUUGCUCUAAAACUGGGCUACUCUGGAGAGCAGGUGGAGUCUGUGCUGAGUAAACUGGGGUCCAGCGCGCUAAUCAACGAUGUAUUGGCUGAGCUAGUGCGGCUAGGGAAUAAAGGAGAUCUGGAGAGCCAGGCAGCAGUGGGAACUGCCAGUUUAGCACCACGGGCGGUGGGAGCCAAAGAAGCCGUAAGCCCCGAGGCAUCACUGGAAGAAGACCCAUCAGACACGUAUGACAACCUCAGGCCAAUUGUGAUUGAUGGAUCCAAUGUUGCCAUGAGCCAUGGAAACAAAGAGGUGUUCUCAUGCCUGGGCAUUCAGCUGGCUGUUGAUUGGUUCCUGGAGAAGGGCCAUAAAGAUAUCACAGUUUUCGUCCCAGCAUGGAGGAAGGAACAGUCAAGACCUGAUGCACCAAUCAAAGAUCAGGAGAUCCUGCGAAAAUUAGAGAAGGAAAAGAUCCUCGUCUUCACACCUUCUCGCAGAGUCCAAGGCCGGCGAGUGGUUUGCUACGAUGACCGUUUUAUCGUCAAGCUGGCCUGCGACUCCGAUGGGAUCAUUGUGUCCAACGAUAACUACAGAGACCUGCAGAAUGAGAAACCGGAGUGGAAGAAAUUUAUUGAGGAACGACUUCUUAUGUACAGCUUCGUCAAUGACAAGUUUAUGCCUCCUGAUGAUCCUUUAGGCAGACAUGGACCCAGUCUGGAAAAUUUUCUCCGCAAACGACCAGUGGUGCCAGAGCACAAGAAGCAGCCGUGUCCUUAUGGUCAGUACAGCAAAAGUAAGAAGUGCACAUACGGCCAUAAGUGCAAGUACUACCACCCAGAAAGAGCCAACCAACCACAACGGGCUGUCGCAGACGAGCUCAGAGCCUUUGCCAAACUCUCCGCUGUAAAAACAAUGAGCGAGGGGGCACUUGCAAAAUGUGGGACCUCUGGUUCUGCUGCAAAGGGAGACGGUAGCUCAGAGGCAAAGAGAGUGGCACCCAAGCGCCAGUCUGACCCCAGUAUCCGGUCGGUUGCCUGUGAGCAGGAAGAGAGACUCUGUCCAUCGCGGAAGGCCGAGGCCAGUUCAGUACCAUCUUUAGUGUCAGCGCUUAGCGUUCCAACUAUGCCACUGACAAAAAGUCACGCAGCUGGCGCUCUGAAUACACGCUCCGCGAGCAGCCCUGUUCCAGGGUCUCUGCACUUUACCCACAGCUCACUCGAGCAUGCGGGCAGCGUCCAAUAUCCCCCCAUCCUAGUCACCAAUAGCCAGGGCGCAUCUGUGGCUUACGGAGAGCCGUUUCCCAAGUAUGACUCUGUGGUAAGCGACCACGGCUACUAUUCCAUGCUCAGUGACUUUUCCACCAUGAGCCUCCAAGACAGUUUCUGCAGUCUUGAGCAGCCAGAACCUGUAGGGGUGGGUGGAGGAUAUCCUGGCAGAGCUCCUAGUAUGUGCCCAGAACCCGGCCGAAGCCAUUCGUCGGACUCCUUCUCGUCCUACAGUGGAGAGAUGUACCUCAACUCAUUGGAGGGCAGCCUGGACGACAGCAUGAAAGGGCCAUCUGCGCAGGCUCAGACGCAACCUUUGGCACAAACACGCCUUCAAGCCUUUGCUCACGGUUUCCACCAUGAGGCCUUGACACGUGUGCAGAGCUACGGAACGGAUGAACCCAAACCAGGACCUCGGAAGCAAUCCUCCGCCCACCUUGCACCUCACUCCCAACACCCAGUUGUUGGCGCUCGAUCCAGCUGCCCGGGAGACUACCCUCCUCUCUCCCAGAAUGUGUUGCCUUCCGCCAGUCCCUCACAGCAGGGUCGAUCCUUAGGCAUGACUCGCAUGGACAGCAUCUCUGACUCACGGCUCUACGAGAGCAACCCACUGCGCCAACGCCGACCCCCUCUUUGUCGAGAGCAGCAUGCCAGCUGGGACCCUUUGCCAUGCGGUAACGAACCUUACAGUUACGGAGGCUAUGGUUUAGCGGGAGGACUCAUGCCUUGUUGCGAGAGGGUGAUGGUCCGCAGCAUGCCCGAGAAGAUGGAGCAGAUCUGGAGGUCCCCGUGGGAUAGCGUGCCGCCUCCACCGCCCGCUGCUCGUGGGCCAGUGGGGGAAUCCCAGGAGCGGCACCCUAUUCCAGAACACCAGUAUCAAACCUACCGAAACCUCUGUAACAUCUUCCCGGCAUAUGUGGUCCAUUCAGUCAUGGAGAAGAACCCUCACAUGACCGAUCCCCAGCAGCUGGCUGCCGUCAUCGUCACUAAACUGCGCUCUUGCCACUAAGCACAUCACAAAAGGCUGCUAACAACUACAACAACACAUGAUAUGUUGAUAUCCUAGCGGAUGAGAAGUUGGACAACUCAAACGUUUUGUGUUUUUGUUUAGCUCUGAAGAAACAGCCUUCCCCCAUACGUAAUUAUGAUUGGAUUGAAUCCAUUAGGAGGUUGGCUAGCAUGAUAGCAUUGAUGCUGCAUCGGUUUAUGUCAUCCAUUAAGCCAUAUGGGAGCCUGGAUCUUGUACCUGAUAAGUUUAAGUAAGUCCUGCUGACCAUUCAGCUAUUGAGAUGGGCCAAAAUGUUCUAGAGGUUUAGGGUGGCCUGAAAUUUUUUUCAUAAAGCAGACUCAAAUAAGUAUCCACACUGAGAGAGCAACUCUGCCUGCCAGUUCGAUGGCAGAUCUUGAGAAUGUGUUAUUUUGUGGGUGAUGAUAACAUUUAUCCUUUGAAAAGGAGUUACAUGAGAGAAAUCUCUUUGGUAAAACUGAUCAGAAAUGAUCCUGCACAAUAUGAAUAGUAUUGUGUAUGUAUAUGUGUAUUCACUUGCAUUCGCGUGUAAAUAUGAUGUGACGCUGUUGUUUUUUUUUUUUGUUUUUUUUUUUGUUUUUUUUGUGUGCGCGUGAUGACUUGAUGUGUGAUUUCAGAAAGAGGAAUGAACGCUUGCGUACCUCAAAGCAUGAACUAUGACCUUUGAACUUUUAUGGCCUUACAUCGGAGUGACCUCACCACAUGUUAAUGUGAAUAGUGCUUAAUAGUUGUGGAGGUCACAUUUGUUUUAAAAAAGCGAGCACUGGGACAGAGAGGUUUAGAUUCUGCCAUGCUGCAGUUCAGACGUUUUAAUUGGCUGGGCUGUAACUGCAAACCUGCCCUGCAACGUCUGAUCGUGCUCAUGCACAGAUGUGUAUUUACUAAGCCAUUUUAAAAGACUGAGCCAAAAACAUAAUCAGUGUAUGUUUUUUUUGAUUGGAAAUUACUAGGUAAAUCUAGCUGAAGAGAAGUUAUCCAUAUGUAUUUCCUUAAUGUUGUUGUUGUACUGUAGAUUUAAAGAGAGAUGUUUGAGCAUUUGGUAAGCAUGGGCUUCAGUAAAUCUCUCCCAGACAGCAUGUUAGCAUUAUGCUUGACAGAGUGCCGCUCACGUUUGACUUGGUAGUCAAUAACUAUGUUAAAGUAUUCACAAACUGGGGAGGAGAAUGCGUCUGUUCGGCAAAAUGCUCUUGUGCAGCAUCUAUUUCCUGAUUGAUGCCGAGAGACCACCCCUUUUCAUCUGCUCCGCCCUGUAAAUGACCAUAUUUUCAGGAGAGCGUGAAUGUUAUCAGUCCAGAGAUGCUCUGGGUGUUUUCAAAAGACUUAAAUUGCUCCUUCGUUUUUUUUUUCACGAGCACAGGUGUUGCCCCGUGGGGCCCCGUUACUGCUCGUGGGAAGGUGUGACACACUGCCUACCUGUCUCUUCCUGUGCGACACACACAAGGAACACCAGGCUGUUGUUGGGUUGUUUCUGACAUUUGGCUGACAGUUUGCUUGCUGCCUCUCGACCGCCCCUGACCCUGCUUUCGACUUGGACUCAAAACCUUUCCUCUCAGCGCUUUAAUACGAACACAGACGGUUCACCUUCUUCUUAGUUUAGAUUUUCUUUCUUUCAGAAGGCCAUUAUUUAAUUUUUAAAUAAGAGGUUUUUCUAAAUUAAUAUUUUUUAAAUGAUUAUUUUUUUGUUUACAUGUAUUUUAUUUAUUUACAUGUUUUUGGCCAGAAACAUAUUUAUGUAAGUACAGAAAUGUAGACACUAAUGCUUGGUCAGUGCAUUGAAAGCAUGCAUGACAUCAUGAUAGUUUUUUGGCUAAUAGCAACACAAGAAUGUUCUCAUUUCUAAGUCCUGAGCUGUGACGUCAAAGGCAGUACACAAUAAAAUAUUCCAUGACCUGCUUUUAAGAGCCUCCAGAAAAUCUGGCAUUGGCAAAACAACUAUUUUAAAAUGAUUUCUUAUUUUAUGCUCCCAUAUUGUGAGUUUACUUUUGCCCUCUUUAGUACUCCUUGUGGCAGAGUUGCAGUUGUUGUGUUAUGAAUUGACACAUUUUGGAAUGCAAUGACUUGAAAUCCAGCUAGAAGUGUUACAGAGUGGUCAUAUCAAUAAUCUAUUAGCUUAUUGUUUUUUAUUUUAUUUGUGCGUGAAAUGCAGUCAUUUCAAUAGUAAUCCACUGGAUUGGGAAUUUCCAGUGAGGAUGAAAGAUUUGCCCACACCGAUCUCGCAGUGGGUUCAAGUUGGUCAAUUGGCCCUUUUUGCCCACAACAUUUUGCCAAUGUGACUACGCCUUUAGCAUCAUUGAUGUAUUUACAUAGAGUAUGUUUCAGGCCUAAAUGUUUUUUUCUUAAGAUGUUUUUACAGUUGGGUCUCUCUUCUUCCCCUUCUCCUCUGAACCUAGGAGCAAGAAAAUCCCGAAGAGUGUUUCUAGAGCAAACUAGAAACUUUUUUUUUUUUUUUUUUUUUUUGUAAAUGAAGACAUUGCUGUCCGCUGCUUAUGCUCCAAGGUUCAGACCCCCAUGCAGUUGAGCAGCAAGCUACCACACAUCAAAUGUCCAGAAACGACCUUUUGCUUGUUGAUACAAAUUGUAUCUAUUUCUUGAUUGUAAAAAAAUAUAUAUUUCUGAGCUGUACAGUAUCACUUAUGAGUAUAUAUAUAUAUCUAUAUAUAUUUAAAAAAAAAAAAAAAAAAAAGAAGAAGCUUAGUUUUGUUUAAAAAAAGGAUAAAGAAAUAUAAUGCCAUAAUGUCAGUGAUACCGUGUGUCACUCGAGUAGCCCAUAGAGAUGGCUUAUUUCCUGCCGGGCAGACCACUACAGACAGGGAACUCUCUCUCUCUCUUUCUUUCUGUCUCUCUUUCAUUUUUUUUCCUCCUUCCUCUCAUACCUCCUUCACUUUUCCAUGCCUCGAAAUUUGCUGUUUGAUAAUUAUUUUGGAAAGUGAUAGUUUACCUCAGUGGAGCUGAACUUCAUUUCUGUUUGACUGAAGGAUUUUUAAGGCGUGGCUUUAUAUAUAUCAUCAUUUAGUCUCUUUCUCUCUCUCUCUCUUGCUCUGUUAAAGGUAUAGAUUCAGGAGAGAGACAUUCUGACACAAUCAGUGUGCUCCUAAUAUAUUUUUCCUCUUUGUAAAUAUUGAAAAUUAAUGUCAAACCUCUUGUAUUUGCACAGUAUUAGUGCAUUUCAUAUACAUGGACACUCUACCAGCUUAUUCGAGCAGGAUCUGUCUCUCAUACACACUUAGACUCGAUAGGUUGCCUUGACAACCACAGUCAGCUGAUCACAUGCUAUCAUUAGUACUGAAAUAACUAAUGUAAAAUGUUGACUAUUGUGUGCGCACUAGUGUGAAUUUAUGGUAAAUUCACCACUGUUUCACCUGUAACAUAGUUUACCUUCUAUAGUAAAGACACGGAGGUGCCAUUCCAGGUUAAAGAUGAAACUUUAAUUGGAUGGAAUUUGCACAGUAUUAUUUUAUUUUAUUUUUUUAAUUUAGCAAAUAGGUGAGUUUGAGUAACUGAAGUUGAUGCCACAUGCACACACAUUUUCUUACGAGUGAAAUGUGAGCUUUGUCUGAGUCUCGUACUGAAAGAUGUCCACACAAACACAUGAACAUGCGCACCUCGUAAUCUGCCUUACAGUUAAACUACUUUGGUUUGUGAGAGUCGAGCACAGUCUGACUGUACAACACCGAGCAUUGUGCUUCUUGCUUGUCUUUUUUAUUCUUGUAAGCGGAAGCGCUAAUGGGAAAAUUAGGUUUUUUGCCUUCAGCUCUUAAUCUCAAUUGGUGUCUGAAUGGACAACCUGAUUUAACUGGACAAACUGCCAGUUUUUCUGUUUAAGUUUGAUUAGAAUAACUAAGAAGAAUCUACAGGACAAACGGACAUGCCCAAAGGAGAAAAACGUCAAAAACAAGCAAACGGGCAUUUCCAACUAUCAGAAGAGGUGGUUUGCAGAGCUGAUGAAUUCUGUACAUUUACAUGUAUGUUUUCAAUAUUGAAUACACCAGCUAUAACUCGCUCACACAAACACCCUCUCACCAACAGAUCGAUUCUCAGGAACUAACAGAUGUAUUAUUAUUUCUGCUCCUUUAUGAAAGACAUUAUCUUUGAUGUUUGCUCUUAUAAAAUUGCGGCAAUUUGUGAAGUAGUGUGGAUGAUCUUGAAAACGUGUUUUUAAAUUCGAGUUUUGCUGUUUAUUUAACAUUCCCCUCCCCUUGUAUUGUAGGUUUUUUUGCGCCUUUGCAGGUUGACCGAGUGGUCUUAACACUUUUAAGUCUUGUGCUGUGAUGAUGACAACAUACAAUAGUAUGUUUACUCUCUACUGAAUGAAACGUUGCUUUUAAACUUGUUUUCAAUAUGACAAAACAAGAACCAAAAAAGAGAAUGAAAAAAAAAGAAAGAAAGAAAGUGAAAUAGGGUGAAAAACUUUAUAAUGCUUUGGGUCUGUGGACUCAAACAAAAUGUAAGUCUCAAUGACAAAAGGUGUUUGUUCCUCUCAAUAAAGCCAGACUCUAUUUGGUUAACUGUUAUCUUGCCUGUGUUCCUACUGGUUGUGUGUUUGACUGUAGAUAGUAAAUGAAUGAAGCAAUACUGAGAAAGAAAGAUGGUAAUAUUGCAAAACACCAGAGUAAGACACUAUUACCGAGUUAGAACAGAAGCACCAAAAACAAAACAAAACAACAAAAAAACGCUAGAUUUAGAUUUUCAUUGCUUUAGAUACAAAAUAUCAAACCAAGUGGCAAGCAAAUUAUGCUAUUUUUUCCUUAGAAAAACCUUUUCUGAGCCACCUUUUCAGCUAUUUUUUUAAUCCGUUUGUCUAAUGGUUUUCUGAAGUUGGUUUCUCUCAAGUUCACACAGGUGUCCUGGCAAAAUAACCACUGUUUAGUUCAUUAUAUUGACAAUAAACAUGUUCCACAAAGUUUGAAAACCAGAAA